AUGGAAGGAAAACCUGUUUCUCGUCUUUUCAUCCGCAACUUGCCAAAGAGCGUUGAAGAGAAAGAACUCGUGAAAGAAUUCUCUAAAAUGGGUGAAAUUACAGACUGUAAAGUCAUUAGAACAGAGCGUGGCAAAUCUCGUUGCAUUGCUUACAUAGGAUACAAAACUGUUGAAGAAGCCGAAAAGGCACAAAAGUAUUUCGAUAAUACAUUCAUUCAAUCAAGAAGAAUUGGCGUAGAAUUCGCUAUUCCGAUCGGUGAAAAGCAAUUAGACGAAACAUGGGCAAGAAGAAAGAAAUUUGCAAAAAUUGAAAAACAACAGGAAAAACAAAUUGAAAAAUUCAAUCGUGACAACAAAGAUCAGCCAAAAGAAAAAUUUGACCCCGCAUUUCAAGAAUUUCUUGCAGCACACAAGCCAAGACAGAUGCGUGCAUCAUGGAAUGAUGGAUUUGGCUUCGAAGAACAAUACCAAGACGAGAAAGAACAAGAAUCUGAGAAAGAUAACGCAGAAGAAGAAGAAAACAACGAAGAAGAACAAAAGAAAGAGGAAGAGAAACCAGUAUCUAUUACUACUACUCGUUUAUACGUCAAAAACAUUCCUUAUAAGUCAACUGCCGAAGAAAUCAAAGCAAGAUUCGAAGAAUUCGGUCCUGUCGAAGAUGUUUCCCUUCCUACAAGUGAAGUUCCAGGAGAAAACCGUGGUUUUGCCUUCGUAAAAUUUGCAGAUUUAGAAUCAGCCACAAAAGCAUAUAUGACAUCAGUUAUAUUCGAAGGACGUCAUCUACAACUCGCACAAUCUGAGCCAGAGCCAGAAAAGAAGAAAGUUGACCUAAUUCCAGAUGAUGAUCAAACAUUCCAAGAAAAGAAGCAACAGAGACUCAAACAAUACAGACCAGAGACAAUGAACCCUCUCAUCAUGGAUAAAAACACUAUUGCUGAUGCAAUUGCUGAUAGAAUCGGUGUUACAAAAGCAGAUGUCUUGAAUCCAGAGUCAGAUAACGUUAUGGCACGUCUCGCAAUCGCAGAAUCACAGCUCAUUGAAGAAACAAAGCAGCUGUUCAUCGAGCACGGUAUAGAUGUUGAUGCUUUGAAUGAAGGUUUCAAAUCUGCCGAUAAAAUAAACUAUUCAAAAACAGUUUUAAUUAUAAAGAACCUUAGAUGGGAGACGACCGAGGAAGAGCUCCGCGGCAUCUUUGCAUCCAAAGGUACACUCGUCAGAUUUGUCCUUGCUCCAACUCAUUCAGUUGCAAUUGUUGAAUUUGCAAGAGGCGAUGAUGCAAGAAAGGCGUUCAAUUCGUUGAAUUACAGACUCCUUCAUGAUACCCCUAUAUAUAUUCAAUGGGCUCCAGAUGGCUGCACCACUGGAACUGGCGUUGAAACAGAUGAAAGAAAAUCUUGUCGACCAAAGGUUGAAAUUAAGACAACAACAUUAAUUGUUAAGAACUUACCAUUCACUGUUACUAAGAAAUCAGAAAUUGCUGAAGCAUUUAAACACGUAGGUAAUAUUAAGGCAAUUAGAAUGACUAAAAAGAGAAAUGAGCAAGGCCAUAGAGGUUUCUGCUUCAUCGACUUUACAACAAGACAAGCUGCACAAGCUGCUUUCGAUGCAAUGCAAGAUGUCCACCUUGCUGGCCGUCACUUGAUUGUUCAACCUGCUGAGGAAGGUAAGAGAGAAACAAGCGUUGAGAUGAAUGUUAAUCCUAUAGAAGAAGAUAGAGAACCAUCAAAAUAA